AUGUCACGUCCAGAAGACCUGGCGCCGCCAGAAGUGUUUUACAAUGAUACAGAAUCCGGCAAAUAUACCUCAUCGACCAGAGUCCAGCAUAUUCAAGCGAAAAUGACGCUCCGUGCGCUCGAACUGUUGAAUUUACAACAUAUGGGAUUUAUUCUCGAUAUAGGAUGUGGUUCAGGUUUGAGUGGCGAAAUCUUGACAGAAGAGGGCCACGUUUGGUGCGGGGUUGAUAUUUCACCAUCGAUGCUUGCCACGGGGCUCACGCGAGAACUUGAAGGUGACCUGAUGCUUCAAGAUAUGGGUCAGGGACUACCUUUCAGAGCAGGAACUUUUGAUGCAGCAAUCAGUAUUAGUGCCAUCCAGUGGCUUUGCAAUGCGGACACGUCGUACAACGAUCCCAAGCGAAGACUUAUGCGGUUUUUCAACACACUCUUCGCCUGUUUGAAAAAAGGAGGUAAAUUCGUGGCCCAGUUUUACCCCAAGAACGAGGAGCAAACCGAGAGCAUCACUACCGCUGCCAAAGUCGCAGGAUUCAGCGGUGGUGUUGUUGUCGACGAUCCAGAGUCCAAAAAGAACAAGAAAUACUACUUGGUAUUGAGCGCCGGUGCAGCAGCCGACGAACAACAGGUGAACUUACAAGGUGUCACCAUGGAUGCCGAAGCGGUGGAAAAGAGUAAACGCAAUAGAAAAAUUGAGACAGAAACAAGGAAGGAUUACAUUGCCAGGAAAAAGGAUUUAUGGCGGAAAAGAGGCAGAAAAGUUGCAAAGGACUCGAAAUACACAGGGAGGAAGAGAAGACCCAAGUUUUGA